AUGGCUAAGGCAGAGAGCAGCCUCCCAAACUCCAGAUGGUCUCUGAAAGGAAUGACUGCCCUCGUCACCGGUGGCACUCGUGGAAUUGGGUAUGCCGUAGUGGAAGAGCUAGCUGGGUUUGGUGCGGCUGUGCACACCUGUUCUCGGAACGAAGCAGAACUUCACAAGUGCUUAAAGGAAUGGGAGGGUAAGGGCUUUCUGGUCACUGGGUCUGUUUGUGAUGCCUCGUCUAAAACCGAGAGAGAAAAGCUCGUGCAGCAAGUGGCUUCUUCUUUCAAUGGCAAGCUCAACAUACUUGUAAACAAUGUUGGGACAAACAUCAGGAAGCCAACUACUGAGUACACUUCUGAAGAAUAUUCAAUACUCAUGGCUACCAACUUAGAAUCCACAUACCAUCUUUCCCAACUUGCACAUCCUCUUUUGAGAGCAUCUGGAGCAGGAAGCAUUGUGUUUAUAUCCUCUGUUGCUGGCUUGGUGGGCAUAGGCUCUGGGACCAUUUAUGCAGCAAGUAAAGCUGCAAUUAAUCAGCUUACAAAAAACCUGGCUUGUGAAUGGGCAAAAGACAAUAUCAGGAGCAAUUCUGUUUGCCCUUGGUAUACCAGAACCUCACUUGUGGAACAUUUGUUGGGUAACAAGGAAUUUUUGGAAGAGAUAACCUCACGUACCCCUAUUGAUCGUGUAGCAGAACCUGAGGAGGUCUCAUCUCUGGUAGCCUUCCUCUGCCUACCUGCUGCUUCUUACAUCACUGGACAGAUUAUUUCUGUUGAUGGAGGAAUGACUGUGAACAGUUUUAAUUUUAACCCCAGUAGGCGGCCAUGUUGA